CAAAAUGCAAAUUGCUAAGGACCGGCACGUAUAUUACCUGAAAUCAAUCCCUCAGAGUUUCGUUGUUUCUCUCUCAUCUUUCUCUUCCAAAACCGUCUCUCUCUAUCGCUCUGCCUCUUGACUCUCUUGCUUCUCUCGGUUCUCUCUGUAGAUCGAUUGCUGGGUUUCGACGAACGCUUGUUUAAUUGAAAUUCGAGAUCGUGUUUCCCUCCUUAAUGUUGAAUCGGUUCGUUUCUCGGAUCUCGAUGAUCCUCGAUUUUCUGAACCAAACGUGAGGAAAACCUUUCCAUUUUCGCUCCCAGCUAAUUUCCUGUCCCGUUCGUCGCCGCCAUGUUCGAAGCUCAUGUACUGCAUCUGCUUCGGAGGUAUUUGGGUGAAUAUGUGCAUGGACUCUCGACAGAGGCUCUGAGGAUUAGUGUCUGGAAAGGGGAUGUUGUUCUUAAAGAUUUGAAGUUGAAGGCGGAGGCUCUGAAUUCACUGAAACUUCCAGUUGCUGUCAAAUCCGGUUUUGUCGGGACCAUCACUUUGAAGGUCCCUUGGAAAAGUUUAGGGAAAGAGCCAGUCAUUGUUCUGAUUGACCGUGUAUUUGUUCUUGCUUAUCCUGCCCCUGAUGGCCGAACAGUUAAGGAGGAAGACAGGGAAAAGCUUCUAGAGACCAAGCUUCAGCAGAUCGAGGAAGCAGAAUCAGCAACUCUUGAAGCAAGAGCAAAAUCGAAGCUGGGAAGUCCUCCAGCCGGAAAUUCAUGGCUAGGUUCGCUUAUUGCUACGAUCAUUGGCAAUCUGAAAGUAUCCAUCAGCAAUGUACAUAUUAGAUACGAGGAUUCUACCAGUAAUCCAGGGCACCCCUUUGCUGCGGGCAUAACCUUGGCCAAGCUCGCAGCUGUUACAAUGGAUGAGGAAGGAAAUGAGACCUUUGAUACAAGUGGUGCUUUGGAUAAACUGCGUAAGGCUAACACAUCGUCCCUGUCACAGUCAUUGCAGCUGGAAAGGCUUGCUCUGUACCAUGAUUCUAAUAGUUUUCCCUGGGAAAUAGAGAAGCAAUGGGACGAUAUUAGUCCUGCGGAGUGGGUUGAGAUGUUUGAAGAUGGCAUAAAGGAGCAAACCGAGCAUAAAAUAAAGUCAAAAUGGGCCUUGAAUCGUCGAUAUCUAUUGUCUCCUAUCAAUGGAUCUCUUAAGUAUCACCGGUUAGGAAACCAGGAGAGAAAUAAUCAGGAGCUUCCAUUUGAAAGAGCGUCAGUUAUCCUAACUGAUGUUAACGUAACAAUCACAGAGGAGCAAUAUCACGAUUGGAUAAAGCUAGUCGAAGUUGUUUCAAGAUACAAAACAUAUAUAGAGAUUUCACAUUUAAGACCGAUGGUUCCAGUUUCAGAGGCUCCUCGUUUGUGGUGGCGCUUUGCUGCUCAAGCUAGUUUGCAACAAAAGAGAUUAUGCUAUCGAUUUUCCUGGGAUAGCAUUCACCAUCUUUGUCAGUUACGCCGGCGCUAUAUUCAGCUGUAUGCCAACUUUCUGCAGCAGUCAUCAAAUGCUAAUAACCCAGAGAUGAGAGAAAUCGAAAAGGACCUUGAUUCCAAAGUGAUUCUUUUGUGGAGGUUGCUUGCACAUGCAAAGGUAGAAUCUGUAAAGUCCAAAGAAGCAGCCGAGCAGAGAAAGCUGAAAAAGGGUGGUUGGUUCUCGUUUCAAUGGCGGACAGAAGCUGACCCUGAGGUCGAUAGUGCGGCUGACGGAUCAAAAUCGAUGGAGGAAGGAUUGACUAAAGAAGAGUGGAAGGCCAUAAAUAAGUUACUGAGUCAUCAGCCAGAUGAAGAGAUGAAUUUGUAUUCAGGAAAAGACAUGCAGAAUAUGACUCACUUUCUUGUAACGGUAUCAAUUGGUCAAGGUGCAGCUAGGAUUGUUGAUAUAAACCAGACUGAGGUGCUGUGUGGUAGAUUUGAGCAGCUUGAUGUGACGACCAAGUUCAGACACCGGAGUACUCAGUGUGAUGUAUCACUGAGGUUCUAUGGCUUAUCUGCACCAGAAGGUUCGCUUGCGCAGAGUGUAUCCAGUGAGAGAAAGACAAAUGCCUUGAUGGCUAGUUUUGUGAACGCACCAAUUGGAGAGAACAUUGAUUGGAGGCUAUCAGCCACGAUAUCCCCUUGUCAUGCUACGAUCUGGACUGAAAGUUAUGAUCGUGUAUUGGAGUUUGUGAAGCGAAGUAAUGCCGUUAGCCCUACUGUUGCGUUGGAAACUGCUGCUGUGCUUCAGAUGAAAUUAGAGGAAGUGACCCGACGGGCUCAAGAGCAACUUCAAAUAGUGCUGGAGGAGCAAAGCAGAUUUGCUCUCGACAUUGAUCUUGAUGCUCCAAAAGUGAGAAUUCCUUUGAGGGCUUCAGGAUCGUCCAAGUGCAGUAGCCAUUUCCUUUUGGAUUUUGGUAACUUUACGCUAACCACCAUGGAUACUCGGGCUGAGGAGCAAAGGCAAAACUUAUAUUCUCGGUUCUGCAUUUCUGGAAGAGAUAUUGCCGCUUUCUUUACAGACUGUGGAUCUGACAACCAAGGUUGCAGUUUACUCUUGGAAGAUUUCGCUAAUCAACCGAUUCUGUCUCCCAUUCUAGAGAAAGCGGACAACGUUUAUUCCCUGAUUGAUAGGUGUGGAAUGGCAGUUAUUGUUGAUCAGAUUAAAGUACCUCACCCAAGUUACCCAUCCACAAGAAUUUCCAUCCAAGUGCCAAAUAUUGGUGUUCAUUUCUCGCCAACAAGAUAUAUGAGGAUCAUGCAACUGUCCGACAUCUUAUAUGGGGUUAUGAAAACCUACAGCCAAGCUCCUGCUGAUGACAUCCCAGAUGGAAUCCAACCUUGGAGUCCUGCAGAUCUUGUUAAUGAUGCUAGAAUCUUAGUUUGGAAGGGAAUUGGCAACUCUGUUGCUACUUGGCAGCCUUGUCACCUUGUUUUGUCUGGUUUAUAUCUGUAUACAUUUGAAUCAGAGAGGUCACUUGAUUAUCAACGUUAUUUAUGCAUGGCUGGCAGACAAGUAUUCGAGGUUCCGCCCGCAAAUGUUGGUGGUUCGCCAUACUGCCUUGCUGUCGGUGUAAGGGGGAUAGAUCUUAAAAAGGCCCUGGAGUCUUCUAGCACCUGGAUCAUAGAGUUUCAGGGGGAGGAGAAGGCAGCUUGGAUGAGAGGACUUGUCCAAGCCACUUAUCAAGCUUCGGCUCCUCUGUCGGGGGAUGUACUUGGUCAGACAAGUGAUGGUGAUGGUGACUUCCCUGAAACUCAGACCGGGAAUUUGAAGGCUGCUGAUCUUGUUAUUAAUGGUGCUUUAGUUGAGACGAAGUUGUAUCUGUACGGAAAGAUCAAGGACGAACGUGAUGAGCAGGUUGAAGAGGUUCUGCUUCUCAAAGUUCUUGCUGCCGGAGGAAAGGUCCAUAUGAUAAGUUCAGAGAGUGGCUUAACCGUUAGGACGAAGUUGCACUCUCUGAAAAUCAAAGAUGAACUUCAGCAUCAGCAGUCAGGAAGUGCUCAGUAUUUGGCUUACUCUGUUCUGAAGAACGAAGGCAUACAAGACUCACCAGGAAUAUGUGAUUCUUAUGACAAGGAAAUGUCUGUAGGACAUGCAGAUGAUGAAGAUGCCUUCACAGAUGCUUUGCCAGAGUUUCUGUCUCCUACAGAACCAGGUACUCCGGAUAUGGAUAUGAUUCAAUGCAGCAUGAUGAUGGACUCUGAUGAACAUGUGGGACUCGAGGAUGCUGAAGGUGGAUUUCAUGAAAAAGACACGUCUCAGGGAAAAGGCCUUUGCGAUGAGGUAUUUUAUGAGGUGCAGGGUAGCGAAUUUUCUGAUUUCGUAUCAGUUGUUUUCUUGACUAGGAGCUCCAGUUCCCACGAUUAUAAUGGAAUCGACACACAGAUGAGCAUUCGCAUGUCAAAAUUGGAGUUCUUUUGCAGCAGACCGACUGUAGUUGCUCUAAUUGGUUUUGGAUUUGACUUGAGCGCUGCAACAUAUGUUGAAAAUGAUAAGAAUACCAACACUCGCGCAUUUGAGAAGUCUGAUAGUGAGAAAGAAACAAAUGAUGAAGGUGGACGCAUUGAAGGAUUACUUGGAUAUGGCAAGGACCGCGUUGUGUUUUACCUGAACAUGAAUGUUGAUAGUGUGACUGUGUUUCUUAACAAGGAGGAUGGUUCUCAGCUUGCGAUGUUGGUACAAGAACGAUUCGUGUUGGACAUUAAGGUUCACCCGAGCUCUCUUUCAGUAGAAGGGACUCUAGGAAAUUUUAAACUAUGUGACAAGUCGCUAGACUCUGGAAACUGCUGGAGUUGGCUCUGUGACAUACGUGAUCCUGGCGUGGAGUCUCUUAUCAAGUUCAAAUUCAAUUCAUAUAGUGCUGGAGAUGACGACUACGAAGGAUAUGAUUAUAGCUUAUCUGGUAGGUUAUCAGCUGUUCGCAUUGUAUUCCUCUACAGAUUUGUUCAAGAGGUUACAGCGUACUUCAUGGGACUUGCCACUCCUCAUUCUGAAGAAGUCAUUAAGCUUGUUGACAAAGUGGGAGGCUUUGAGUGGCUAAUCCAGAAAUAUGAGAUGGAUGGUGCUACUGCGCUGAAACUAGACCUUUCGCUAGACACUCCAAUAAUUGUUGUCCCUAAAGAUUCUCUGAGCAAAGAUUACAUUCAACUUGACCUUGGUCAGCUGGAGAUAUCGAAUGAAAUAAGCUGGCAUGGGUGUCCGGAGAAAGAUCCCAGUGCUGUGCGUGUAGAUGUUCUUCAUGCGAAGAUUCUUGGGCUAAAUAUGUCAGUAGGCAUAAAUAGUUCAAUUGGUAAACCAAUGAUACGUGAAGGCCAAGGAUUGGAUAUUUUUGUCCGGCGCAGCCUACGAGAUGUUUUUAAGAAAGUCCCAACACUUUCAGUUGAGAUCAAGAUUGAUUUCUUGCAUGCUGUGAUGUCUGAUAAAGAAUAUGAUAUUAUUGUAAGUUGCACAAGCAUGAAUUUGUUUGAGGAGCCUAAGCUACCUCCAGAUUUCCGUGGUAACAGUUCCGGCCCCAAAGAUAAAAUGCGCCUGCUGGUUGACAAAGUUAACUUAAAUAGUCAGAUGAUAAUGUCACGUACAGUUACCAUACUGGCCGUUGAUAUUAGUUAUGCUCUUCUUGAGUUACGUAAUAGUGUUAAUGAAGAGUCACCAUUAGCUCAUGUUGCGCUUGAAGGAUUAUGGGUAUCCUACAGGAUGACGUCACUAUCUGAGACAGAUUUGUAUGUGUCAGUUCCUAAAGUUUCUGUUCUAGAUAUCCGUCCUAAUACAAAGCCUGAAAUGCGGCUGAUGCUCGGCUCAUCGGUCGAUGCUUCCAAGCAAGCUUCUCCGGAAUCUUUUUCCUUUUCCCUGAAUAAGGGAAGCUUUAAGCGGGCCAACUCUAGGGCUGUUCUUGAUUUUGACGCACCAUGUUCAACGAUGUUACUGAUGGAUUAUAGAUGGCGAGCAUCCUCUCAGUCAUGUGUUUUACGGGUUCAACAACCUCGUAUCCUUGCUGUUCCUGACUUCCUCCUUGCGGUUGGUGAAUUUUUUGUUCCAGCUUUGCGUGCAAUAACAGGAAGAGACGAAACAUUGGAUCCAACAAACGAUCCAAUCACUAGAAGUAGUGGCAUAGUUCUCUCUGAGGCUCUCUAUAAACAGAUAGAAGAUGUUGUGCACUUGUCCCCUUGUAGACAGUUAGUAGCAGAUUCACUGGGGGUUGAUGAAUAUACUUAUGACGGAUGCGGAAAGGUAAUCUCGUUGAGUGAACAAGGAGAGAAGGAUUUAAACUCAGGAAGAUUAGAACCCAUCAUAAUCGUUGGGCAUGGAAAGAAGUUGCGGUUCGUGAAUGUAAAAAUUAAGAAUGGAUCGCUCCUGAGCAAAAGCAUUUACUUGAGUAACGAUAGCAGCUGCCUAUUUUCCCCUGAAGAUGGUGUUGAUAUCUCAAUGUUAGAAAAUGCGUCAUCUAAUUCUGAGAAUGUGCUUAGCAAUGCGCACAAUUCAUCAGAUUUUUCAGAUACUUGUCAACCGGAUUCGAAGUCUGUCCAGAGUUUUACCUUCGAAGCUCAGGUUGUUUCUCCUGAAUUCACUUUCUUUGAUGGUACAAAAUCCUCCCUGGAUGACUCCUCUGCUGUAGAAAGGCUUUUGCGAGUGAAAUUGGAUUUUAAUUUUAUGUACGCCGCAAAAGAGAAUGACACCUGGAUUCGAGCCUUGCUAAAGAACCUGGUGGUGGAAACUGGUUCUGGUCUCAUCAUUCUUGAUCCAGUCGAUAUUUCCGGAGGAUACACUUCUGUCAAAGAGAAAACAAAUAUGUCCUUGACGUCAACUGACAUAUACAUGCACCUUUCUCUGAGUGCUCUUUCUCUCCUACUGAAUCUGCAGAGCCAAGUAACUGGAGCUUUACAAUCUGGAAAUGCUAUUCCUUUAGCUUCAUGCACCAACUUCCACAGGAUUUGGGUUUCGCAGAAAGAAAAUGGACCCAGGAACAACCUCACAAUUUGGAGGCCACAGGCGCCUUCAAACUAUGUCAUAUUGGGAGACUGUGUGACGUCAAGGGCAAUUCCUCCUACACAAGCAGUAAUGGCAGUAAGUAAUACAUAUGGGCGCGUGCGGAAGCCGAUUGGGUUUAAUUGUAUUGGCCUGUUCUCUGUUAUUCAAGAUUUUGGAAGGGGUAAUGGUCAACAUUCUCGUGAUAACAAUGAAUGCUCCCUCUGGAUGCCUGUAGCUCCUGCAGGAUACACUGCUAUGGGGUGUGUUGCAAAUAUAGGAAGUGAGCCACCACCAGAUCACAUUGUUUAUUGUCUAAGGUCUGACCUUGUAUCUUCCAGCAGUUUCUCUGAGUGCAUAUACACUGUGCCCUCCAGUUCAGUAUUAGAGUCUGGAUUCAGCAUCUGGCGUGCUGAUAAUGUUCUUGGAUCAUUCUAUGCUCACUCUUCAACUGCGUCUCCUUCCAAACAAUAUAGUUCUGGCCUCAGUCAUUGUCUUCUUUGGAAUCCUCUUCAGUCGAAGACAUCCCCAUGCUCUGACCCAUCAUCUGCAGCUAGCUCUCAGAGCGAGCAAACAAGUGAUCAAACUGGAAAUUCAUCACGAUGGGACAUUCUUAGGUCAAUUUCUAAGCCAACUAGUUAUCAUGUUUCUACUCCUAAUUUUGAGAGAAUCUGGUGGGACAAGGGUGGUGAUCUUCGUAGACCUAUCUCAAUAUGGAGGCCUAUACCACGUCCUGGUUUUGCCGUAUUGGGUGAUAGCAUAACUGAAGGGUUGGAGCCACCAUCACUUGGAAUACUCUUCAAAGCAGAUGACUCUGAGAUUGCUGCAAAACCUGUGCAGUUCAAUAAAGUCGCACAUAUUGUGGGGAAAGGUCUGGAUGAAGUUUUCUGCUGGUUUCCUGUUGCACCUCCUGGUUAUGUUUCUCUAGGAUGCGUUCUUUCCAAAUUUGAUGAGGCGCCACAUGUGGAUUCGUUCUGUUGUCCAAGGAGUGAUCUUGUUAACCAGGCCAACAUUUAUGAAUCUUCUGUCUCAAGGUCUUCAAGUUCAAAGUCUUCUCAAUGCUGGAGCAUUUGGAAAGUUGACAAUCAGGCAUGCACUUUUCUUGCACGUUCUGAUCUAAAAAGGCCUCCAACUCGAUUGGCUUUCGCUGUUGGAGAAUCUGUAAAGCCGAAGACACAGGAAAAUGUAAAUGCGGAAAUUAAGCUGAGAUGCUUCUCUCUGACACUUCUAGAUGGCUUACAUGGAAUGAUGACUCCGCUCUUUGACACAACUGUUACCAAUAUCAAGCUAGCAACUCAUGGUCGCCCUGAAGCCAUGAAUGCAGUACUCAUUUCCUCAAUCGCUGCUUCAACAUUUAACCCACAGCUGGAAGCAUGGGAACCUCUUCUAGAGCCAUUUGAUGGAAUAUUCAAGUUGGAAACAUAUGAUACUGCCUUGAGUCAAUCAUCAAAGCCAGGAAAACGGCUACGAAUUGCCGCUACUAACAUUCUGAACAUAAAUGUUAGUGCCGCAAACCUUGAAACUCUUGGUGAUGCCGUUGUUUCCUGGAGGAGGCAAUUAGAACUUGAAGAAAGAGCGGCCAAAAUGAAAGAGGAAUCAGCUGUCUCUCGUGAGAGUGGGGAUCUUUCAGCUUUUUCAGCUCUUGACGAAGAUGAUUUUCAGACCAUUGUGGUAGAGAAUAAACUCGGCCGCGACAUAUAUCUGAAAAAGCUGGAGGAGAACUCAGAUGUUGUUGUAAAAUUGUGUCACGAUGAAAACACUUCUGUCUGGGUUCCACCACCAAGGUUCUCCAAUAGGUUAAAUGUUUCAGACAGUUCUAGAGAAUCACGCAAUUACAUGACUGUACAGAUUCUUGAGGCUAAGGGUUUGCAUAUCGUCGAUGAUGGCAACAGUCACAAUUUCUUUUGCACCCUGCGCCUCGUUGUUGAUAGUCAAGGUGCAGAACCACAAAAGCUUUUUCCUCAAAGUGCUAGGACAAAGUGCGUGAAGCCGUCCACUACAGUUGUCAAUGACUUGAUGGAGUGCACUUCCAAGUGGAAUGAACUUUUCAUUUUUGAAAUCCCAAGGAAGGGAUUGGCCAGAUUGGAGGUUGAAGUAACAAACCUUGCUGCUAAAGCUGGAAAAGGGGAGGUCGUCGGGUCGCUUUCAUUUCCUGUUGUACAUGGGGAAAAUACACUUCGAAAGGUAGCUUCAGUAAGGUCGCUACCUCAAUCAAGUGAUGCUGAGAAUACAAGUUCCUAUACGCUUCAGAGAAAGAAUGCCGAAGAUAUACAUGACAAUGGAUGCUUGCUUGUCUCAACAUCUUAUUUUGAGAAGACUACAAUCCCCAACACACUAAAAAAUAUGGAAAGCAAGGAGUUUGUUGACGGUGACACUGGUUUCUGGAUUGGAGUUCGGCCUGAUGACUCAUGGCAUAGCAUUCGCUCGCUGCUUCCGCUCUCUAUUGCUCCGAAAUCACUAGAAAAUGAUUUUAUUGCAAUGGAAGUUUCUAUGAGAAAUGGAAGAAAGCACGCAACAUUCAGAUGUUUAGCGACCGUUGUAAAUGAUUCAGAUAUCAAUUUAGAGAUAUCCAUAUCUUCUGAUCAGAAUGUCUCUUCAGGAGCAAGCAAUCGUAAUGCUUUGAUUGCCUCUGGAUCUUCCUAUGUUUUACCAUGGGGAUGUUUAUCAAAGGAUAAUGAACAGUGCCUACAUGUCCGGCCAAGGGUUGAGAAUCCGGAUCAUUCUUAUGCAUGGGGUAGCUGCAUCGCCGUAAGUUCUGGUUGUGGAAAAGAUCAACCAUUUGUUGAUCAAGGUUUGCUUACUCGGCAGCAAACUUUCAAGCAAAGCAGCAAAGCAUCUGCUUUUGCUUUGAAAUUAAACCAGCUUGAGAAGAAGGAUAUGCUUUUCUGCUGCCAGCCCUCUACUGGGAGUAAGCCAUUUUGGCUCAGCGUAGGAGCAGAUGCGUCAGUUCUUCAUACAGACCUUAAUACACCUGUUUAUGAUUGGAAACUUUCUAUUAAUUCUCCUUUGAAGCUCGAAAAUAGACUUCCUUGCCCAGUCAAAUUCACUGUGUGGGAAAAGACAAAAGAAGGCACAUAUCUUGAGAGACAACAUGGUGUAGUAUCUUCAAGGAAGAGUGCUAACGUAUACUCAGCAGAUAUUCAGAGACCUGUAUAUAUUACAUUAGCUGUGCAUGGUGGUUGGGCUUUGGAAAAGGAUCCUAUCCCUGUUUUAGAUCUAUCUUCAAGUGACAGUGUGUCAUCCUUUUGGUUCGUCCAUCAACAGAGCAAAAGGAGACUGCGUGUAAGUAUAGAACGUGAUGUUGGAGAAACAGGGGCUGCACCAAAAACGAUAAGGUUCUUUGUGCCAUACUGGAUUACAAAUGAUUCAUAUCUUCCUCUAGCCUAUAGAGUGGUGGAGAUUGAGCCUUCAGAAAAUGUGGAAGCUAGCUCCCCCUGCCUGUCUAGGGCUUCCAAAUCUUUUAAGAAAGCUCCUGGAUUUUCGAUGGAGAGGAGACAACAGAGGAAAAAUCUUCGAGUGCUUGAGGUUAUUGAGGAUACUAGUCCUAUGCCUAGCAUGCUUUCUCCACAAGAAUCAGCUGGUCGGAGUGGCGUGGUGCUGUUUCCAUCUCAGAAGGAUUCUUAUGUUUCCCCACGAAUUGGAAUUGCUGUCGCAGCUAGAGAUUCAGAGAUCUACAGUCCUGGAAUUUCUCUUCUUGAGCUUGAGAAGAAGGAACGCAUAGAUGUAAAGGCUUUUUGCUCAGACGCCUCGUACUACAAGCUCUCGGCAGUACUGAAUAUGACCUCGGACAGAACAAAGGUUAUUCAGCUCCAGCCACACACCUUAUUCAUCAACCGGGUGGGUGUGAGCAUCUGUAUUCAACAGUGUGAUUGUCAGACAGAAGAAUGGAUUAAUCCUUCUGAUCCUCCAAAGCUCUUUCGAUGGCAGUCUUCCACCCGGACUGAGUUGCUGAAAUUACGAGUGGAGGGAUAUAGAUGGAGCACACCAUUCAGUGUCUUUGGAGAAGGUUUAAUACGUGUCCCUGUUGAAAGAGAAGAUGGGACUGAUCAAUUGCAGCUAAGAGUACAAGUCAGAAGCGGGACAAAGAACUCACGUUACGAAGUUAUUUUCAGGCCGAACUCUGUCUCCGGUCCUUACAGGAUCGAGAACCGUUCCAUGUUCCUUCCUAUUCGCUAUCGCCAAGUAGAUGGUGUCAGCGAGUCUUGGCAAUUUCUUCCUCCUAACGCGGCUGCUUCAUUUUAUUGGGAAGAUCUUGGUAGACGACAUCUAUUUGAACUCCUUGUUGAUGGAAAUGAUCCUUCUAAAUCGGAAAAAUUCGAUAUUGAUAAGAUUGGUGAUCAUCCACCACGAAGUGAGACUGGACCUACCAGACCCAUUCGAGUUACUAUUGUAAAGGAAGAUAAAAAGAACAUUGUGAGAAUCAGUGACUGGAUGCCGGCAAUUGAGCCUACUUCAAGCAUAAGCAGAAGACUUCCAGCAUCAUCUUUGUCAGAGUUAUCUGGAAAUGAGUCUCAGCAAUCUCAUCUUCUGGCCUCGGAAGAGUCUGAGUUUCAUGUGAUUGUUGAGCUCGCUGAGCUGGGAAUCUCUGUUAUCGAUCAUGCUCCUGAGGAAAUACUGUACAUGUCAGUUCAAAACUUCGUUGUGGCAUAUUCAACCGGCUUGGGCUCUGGGCUUAGCAGGUUCAAACUAAGGAUGCAAGGAAUACAAGUGGAUAACCAACUGCCAUUGGCUCCAAUGCCGGUUCUGUUCAGACCACAGAGAGCUGGAGAUAAAGCUGAUUACAUUUUGAAGUUUUCUGUUACUUUGCAAUCAAAUGCUGGUCUCGAUCUCCGUGUCUACCCGUAUAUAGGUUUUCAGGGACGUGAAAAUACUGCCUUUCUGAUUAAUAUUCAUGAACCUAUAAUCUGGCGCAUUCAUGAGAUGAUUCAGCAAGCCAACUUGAGUAGACUAUCCGACUCUAACUCGACAGCUGUAUCAGUUGAUCCAUUCAUUCAAAUCGGAGUUCUUAACAUCUCAGAGGUUAGAUUUAAAGUAUCUAUGGCCAUGUCCCCAAGUCAAAGGCCGAGGGGAGUGCUUGGAUUUUGGUCAUCCCUGAUGACUGCUCUUGGGAAUACAGAAAACAUGCCAGUACGCAUAAGUGAAAGAUUUAAUGAGAACAUAUCCAUGCGGCAAAGUACUAUGAUCAAUAAUGCUAUUAGGAACGUAAAGAAAGACCUCCUUGGCCAGCCUCUUCAGUUGCUCUCAGGCGUUGAUAUUCUUGGCAACGCAAGCAGCGCUCUUGGCCAUAUGAGUCAAGGCAUAGCUGCAUUAUCAAUGGAUAAAAAGUUCAUCCAGAGUCGACAGAGACAGGACAACAAAGGUGUUGAGGACUUUGGCGAUAUUAUCAGAGAAGGAGGUGGAGCUCUAGCGAAAGGCCUGUUUAGAGGAGUCACAGGUAUAUUGACAAAGCCUCUCGAAGGUGCAAAGUCUUCUGGUGUCGAAGGCUUUGUCUCAGGUUUCGGGAAAGGAAUUAUUGGUGCUGCUGCCCAACCUGUGAGUGGAGUUCUGGAUCUUCUGUCAAAGACCACUGAAGGUGCAAAUGCCAUGAGGAUGAAGAUAGCAGCUGCCAUCACUUCAGAUGAACAGCUUCUUCGCCGGAGACUUCCAAGAGCUGUUGGCGCUGAUAGCCUGCUUCGUCCUUACAACGAAUACAGAGCACAGGGGCAGGUCAUAUUGCAGUUGGCAGAAUCUGGAUCAUUCCUUGGCCAAGUUGAUCUAUUCAAAGUACGCGGGAAGUUUGCAUUAACGGAUGCUUACGAAAGUCAUUUCAUCCUACCGAAAGGAAAAGUUCUAAUGAUCACACAUCGAAGAGUGAUACUGCUACAACAACCCUCCAACAUAAUGGGUCAAAGAAAGUUUAUCCCGGCCAAAGAUGCGUGUUCUAUACAGUGGGACGUUCUAUGGACUGAUCUUGUAACCAUGGAACUGACUGACGGGAAAAAAGACCAACCCAACUCUCCACCUUCGCGGCUUAUUCUCUAUCUGAAAUCAAAGCCACAUGAUUCAAAGGAGCAAGUCCGCGUUGUCAAAUGCAGUCCCAACACGAAGCAGGCCUUCGAGGUUUACUCAGCCAUCGAUCAAGCCAUUAACCUGUACGGCCAAGAUGCUUCAAAGGGAAUGGUGAAAAACAAAGUGACAAGGCCAUAUUCCCCGAUUUCUGAGAGUUCUUGGGCUGAAGGAACUUCUCAACAAAUGCCAACUUCAGUUACACCAUCUUCAACCUUUGGCACAAGCCCUACGACCAGCUCAAGUUAAUGCUUGGAGCUGUCUGAAUCUUUGAGUUAUCUCACCUUCCAAUGACGGUGGGCGAGAUCGAACACGGCUUUGGUAAAAAAAAAACACUUCAUUUUGUUAAAUUCUUCCGGUGUAGAUUUUUGGUAAUCAUAUCGUAGAAAUAUAUAAUAUGUGUGUACAUAUAUAAAACGUCUGAAGUGCAGAUUUUUCCAACACGAGACUCAUGUUCAUCAACAAAUGUAUACGGGGUUGCCUUAUAUAAUUCUAUUUAUUCAAAUUAUAAUUCUACCACGAUAAACCAGUUUGGAUUCUUCCUCGUUUU